CCAUCCGACUAUCUGCGGUUUUUAGUACCCAGAAUACCUCGAAGGGGUGAAUCGAGGUGCACUAAGUACGAAAGUUUGCACAUGUAUGGAGGUCGAUUUUAUCGACACAAAUUGCCUAUGGUAAAAUGAGUUCAAAAUCAAUGGAUGUUGAUGAGAUAUUAACACAGAUAGGAGGAUAUGGUUAUUUUCAAAAGAGACAAACACUGAUUUUAGGUUUAGUGAUAUUCGUACUCACGUUUCAACCUCUUAUCAUGGUGUUCAUUGGUGCCGAAGUACCUUGGAGGUGCACGUCCAAUUCCACAUGUAGACAUAACGGUACUAUUGAACCAACCAACAGUCAUUAUGAGGACCGAUGUAAACUUAACCGGACUGAUUGGCAAUAUGUUGAUAAAUUUACGUCCAUUACGAGUGAGUGGGACCUUAUUUGUGGCAGAGAGGUUUAUGCAAGUUUAUCUCAAUCUAUCUUGUUUAUUGGUUGGAUACCUGGAGCAUUCUUAAUUGGUAGGCUGUCUGAUAGAUUUGGUAGAACAAAAGUUCUAUUUCCUGCAGCUGCAGUUGUCGCUGUUUCAGCUUUGGCAUCAUCCUUUACCCAUGUUUUAUGGCUAUUUUUGCUUCUACGAGCCACAAUUGGGUUCUUUCAAGGUGGGACAUUUGUAAUACUUUAUGUGCUCAGCACAGAGUUUGUUGGUCCAGAGCAUAGGAGCUUAGCAGGGACAUUGAAUUGGGUAUUUUUCUGCGUAUCAUUAAUGGUUCUUGAUGGACUUGCUUAUGGUAUUAGGAACUGGAGACAUCUAUCUAUAGCUACAUCGGCACCAGCUCUUCCAUUGAUUUUAUUGUGGUGGUGGGUCCCGGAAUCAUCAAGAUGGAAUUUACUUCACAACAAAGAAAAGGAAGCCAGGAAGACAUUUGCUAUGAUUGCUAAAUUGAAUAAUAAGAGUCUUGAAAUAGACCAUUUAGCUGAUAAUAACAUUGAAGAGAAAAAUGAUGAAGAACCUGGGGGAAUUAUUGAUCUUUUCCGUCCAAAACAACAACUCAUGAAAACAGUUAUACUUUGGGUUGCUUGGUUCACCAAUUCAAUGGUUUAUUAUGGUGUCACAUUAAGUUCAGGUGCACUAGGUGGAAGUCUUUACCUUAACUUCUUCUUGACAUCUCUAGUAGAGCUACCAGCAAACUUCUUUGCUAUUUGGUUCAUGGAUCAAUAUAAAUGUAAACUUUUUGGAUUAUUUGGAAGAAAACGUGCACUGGUGUUAGGGCUUGUAUUAGCUUCUAUCUUUUGCGUGGUUGUUUCAGUGGUGCCACAAACAGAAGGAAAUAUAGGCUUUCAAGCUAUCAAAAUAUUAGCAGCUGUCCUUGGAAAAUUCUCCAUAUCUAUCUCAUUUUGUACAAUCUAUGUUGCAUCUGUUGAAGUUCUUCCAACCAUCAUAAGAAAUGUAGGUCUUGGAAGCAUGGCUGCCUUUGAUCAGUUUGGUGCUUCCAUUGCUCCUUUUGUAGUUUUAUUGAACAAAACUCAUCCUGUUCUGCCCUUUGUAUUAAUGGCUCUGACCGCAUUUGUGGCUGGUUUUCUUAGCUGGCUGGUUCUUCCUGAAACUCUUGGUCAACAUACAUUAGAAACUCUGGCAGAUAGAAAUAGUGAAGAUAAACAGGCAGGUUUAGCUCAGGAAACUGAAACGAUGGACUAUCAAUUUUAAUAUAUUUUGCUAUAUUUCAUUAAACCUCUUGUUCCUUAAAUUAACAUAUCAUUACAGGUGAGUUCAGCACCAAGGAAAGGGUCGUAACACAACUUUUGAAUGGGCUUGGGUUUUUUUAAGUAUUCUGGUUUUCUGGCGGAGUUUUAAAGAGACUCAGGAACAUGCUGCCUAAAAGGUGUAAAAUGACAACAUACAAAACUGUUAUUCUCCCUCAAUUAACUUGCUGUCACUCUAUAUGGAAUCUUUGUCAUAAAUCAGACUGCAGAAAGCUAUAUAGAUUGCAACAAAUAGGCUUAAAGGCUAAAAUCAAUAAAAAAUGGGUACAUGAUAACUUACUUAAACAAGCAAAAUUACCCACUCUAAAGAGUCGGUGUUUUCAUAACAUUGCAAAGCUUAUAUUUAUUAAGUCAAACAUGGACUGUAUUCUGAAAAUAUACAAAACCUGUUCACAAAAAAAACAACAAAUAGCUAUAUAAUAUAAUAUAGUUAAAUACGGAGAACAUACCAUAAGAUAUUUAGACCCUACUUUGUGGUCAAAAUUGGAUGAUAUGUUGCGGAACUUAGAAUUGUUUAAACAACAUAUUCAACACUAGGCCUUGAAACUUUUAUUAAAGAAACUCAAAAAAUGUUAUUUAUUCUUCAGUUAAAUCACUAAGAUUCAUCUUUAUCAAUUAUUAAAUGUGUAAAUAAUGUU